AAACGAUUUGUCGUUGGUCUGACGAACCCAAAGAAAACAAAUAGGCCUGUUUAAUCUACAAUGAAUUUAUUCACGUUACCUUUGCUCAUUUGGUUGGCCGUUUCAAGUUGUGGCUCUUCAACGUCGUCGACGUGGAAUUCACUCAACGGUCGGCACAUUCGUGUCAUCUGGCCUCGUUGGCAAGGCAACCCAAAGGGGUUGUCAGGGCCACUCAAAGGGGGCGUCGCUCUUGAAUACCUGUCGACCAGAUUGAAUUUCACGUACGAAAUGGUCCGAGUGACGGAAAACGGACUGGAGCCACCGGCAAAUGGGCGGGGACUCUUCAGCUAUUUGUUUGAUGGAGUUGAGUUUUCUUUUCCAUUUUCCUUCUCUCUAGACUUGAUAGCCAAUGAGUCAAUUCUUGCUGGUAGUAAUAAGACGACCUGAACAUAA